UCGAGCACGGGCAAACACAUGUUUGCAAACAAACAUAUGUUCGCUGUAUUUGGCCCCAAAAGCAAAAAGGAAAAAGAAACAAGCAAAAACAUUUCCGACUCUGCGAUCCGCCGGAGCAGCGCGCUUUGGGGCUUUUGGCAACCUGAGUGACAGCCCCUCGCACUGGGCACUAAAAUAAUAAUCAUAGAGGCUAGAUCUCGUGUCCCGGCUUAAUUGAAAUUUAUUUGUUGUGAUGCGGCCGCCACUGGGGGUUCCAUAGUCGUAUAGUUCUAGAUUCUCCUCAUCCGCCGCCUCCUCCACUUGCCAAAUCUUAAUUAACCGGAGGCAUUGAGCAUGUUAAUAUUAAUUGGUGGCAAUCAAUGUGCCUGAGACCUCGAAUCGAACGGAAGCUAGAUUCCCGAGGAGAAUAGUUCUAAAUUCAGACGAUAUCCAGUUUCCAUGGCGGAGGAACGCAACGAGAAGAAGGUGCUCUGCGAGAAGAUCAUCAGGGACAUCAAUGCGGUGUUCCUCAAGGAUCAGGAUCUCGCCUCGUUCGAGAUCAUACCCAAGGAGACGAACUGCAACAAGUCGCCGGUGGUGCAUGUGGAGCACAAUCUCGGCCUGGAGUCGUGGUGUGCCCAGCAUGUCUACGACCACGCCCACCGCACCCUCAUCUCCCACCGCCGCCAGACGACCGCCCAGCAGCUCCGGACGCUUCAGCAGCAGCAGCAGAGCGACGCCCUGGCCAAGUACCUCAAUGUGGCCCUGCUGAUCAAUCCGGAUGUGACCACCUUCUGGCACAUUCGCCGCCAGCUGGUCCAGAAGAACCGGCUGAGCAUCAACAAGGAGCUGCAGUUCUCCGCCCUCGUGCUCUCCAUCAAGCCCAAGUCCAACGAGGCCUUCGCCUACCGCCGCUGGCUGUACUCCUUCCAAAGUGCCGAUGCCAUUGACUGGCCAAAUGAGAUCGGAAUCUGCGAGAGGGCCGCCGACAGGUGCGCCAGCAACUACCACGCCUGGUCGCACCGCCAGUGGAUCCUGCAGAGCGGUCCCUGCCUCCUGCAGUCGGAGCUUCUGCGCACGGAGAAGUUCAUGCGCAAGCACAUCAGCGACUACAGCUGCUACCACUACCGCCAGGUGCUGCUGGGCCGCGCCUUCGAGCUCAACUUCGCUUUGCCCAGCGAUUGCGGAGCCAGUAGUGGCCCAUCGCCGCUGGCCAGUCUGCAGCAAUUGCUGGCCAACUAUGGCCUAAAGUGCGAGCCCCAGGCCGAGGAGCUGCUGGAGCUGCUGCUGCCGCUUGUGGAUCGCAGUUCGGUGAGCAGCCAAAGGCUGAGAUCAUUCCUCUACUGCUGCAACGUGGCCGCCAGCGAUAUGCGGCUGUGUGCCGAGCAGCGGCUGAUGUACGGACCGCGGGACUGCUUCGAGCUGCAUCGCCGGGCGGCCCUCAAGUUCAUCGUGGAGCAGUGCGUGCGCCUGCAACUGGGCCUGACCGGCGGUCAGCCCCUGCAUUUGGGCAGCUUCGACUUCGAAAAGCAUCCCUUUCUGGGCGCCGUGCGACGCGAGGAAUCCUCGCUGGGCGGCAAGCACCGGCGCUGGUGCAAUCUCCACCUGAGCUUCGGCUAUCCGGCCGACUAGACAGCGGGACCUGAAAACCUUGAGAGAAAGCUCAAAUCAAUCUACACCAAUAGGAUUACUCACUCUGGGCCUCUUUCCGUUUUCCAUCCGUUUGCAAGCUUAGAUUUCGUAGGAUUUUAAUUAUCUUUGCUACAAAUGAGAGAUUAU